UCCAAGAGAUGACAAAACAAGUUCGCCAUCUGUUCGAGAAAAUCCCCCAACCGGUUCUUGCCUUCUUAGAAUCUUCUUCAUUUUCGUCUCUCUCGAAGACGAGACAAGUUCAUGCUCAGAUUAUCAAACACGGAGCUCAGGAUUACGCCAUUUUCGCCACCAAUCUCAUAGCUUCGUACUCGAACCACCAUUGCUUCGCCGAUGCAGAGCACGUCCUCGGAUCAAUCCAGGAGCCCACCGUUCACUCUUUCUCCCCUCUUAUCUACGCGUUGAACAGAUAUAAUCACUUCUCGCAGUCUAUUCGCGUGUUUUCUCGGAUGAUGUCUAAUGGGGUGUCUCCGGAUACUCGCGUUCUUCCGAAUUUGUUCAAGGCAUGUGCUGGGUUAUCAGCUUUAGAAGUUGGGAAGCAAAUUCAUUGUAUAGCUUGCGUGUUGGGAUUGGAUUUGGAUCCUUUUGUUCAGGACUCUUUGUUCCAUAUGUACAUGAAAUGCGAUAGGAUGGGGGACGCACGCGAGGUGUUCGAUAGAAUUUCGCAGAAAGAUGUUGUCACUUGCAGUGCUCUGCUCUGUGGCUAUGCACGAAAGGGUUGUUCAGACGAGGUGAUGGGUCUACUUGUGGAGAUGGAAAAGUUGGGUGUGGAGCCGAAUUUGGUGUCCUGGAACGGUAUACUUUCUGGGUUUAAUCAUAUCGGGUGUCACAAAGAAGCAGUCAUGAUGUUCCAAAAGAUGCAUUCUGAGGGGUUUUGCCCUAACGAGGUGACAGUAUCGAGCAUUCUUCCUGCGGUUGGGAACUCGGAGAAGCUGGAUUUGGGGAGACAGAUUCAUGGGUAUGUCACCAAACAGGGGUUGAUAAAGGAUAAAUGUGUUGCCAGUGCAAUGGUGGAUAUGUACGGGAAAUGUGGCUCCGGCUAUGAAAUUUUGAAGCUUUAUGAUGAAAUUGAGCUCAGGGAAACCGGUGUCAGCAAUGCUUGCAUUACAGGGCUCUCACGGAAUGGUCUUGUCGAUAAGGCACUUGAAAUGUUCGAGUUAUUCAAGGAACAGAAGUUGGAGUUAAAUGUCGUGUCUUGGACGUCAAUAAUAGCUGGGUGUGCUCAGAACGGGAAGGAUAUUGAAGCCCUAGAGCUUUUCAGAGAGAUGCAGGUUGCUGGGGUAAAACCAAACUCUGUGACGAUCCCUUCAAUGCUGCCAGCAUGUGGAAAUAUAGCGGCUUUGAUUCACGGGAAAGCGGCUCAUGGAUAUUCUGUACGGGCCGGGACCAUGGACGACGUUCAUGUGGGCAGUGCAUUGAUUGACAUGUAUGCCAAAUGUGGAAGAAUCAACAUGUCUCAGCUCAUUUUUUUUAUGAUGCCCACAAAAAAUUUAGUUUGUUGGAAUUCUAUGAUGGCCGGAUAUGCAAUGCAUGGGAAGUGCAGUGAAGUCAUAGGUAUAUUUAACUCUCUCCGGAAAACUGGACUAAAGCCUGAUUUCAUCAGCUUUACUUGUUUAUUAGCAGCAUGCAGCCAAGGAGGUUUAACAGAUGAAGGGUGGAAAUAUUUCAACAUGAUGUCAGAGGAAUAUGGAAUCAAACCAAGAUUAGAGCAUUAUGCUUGCAUGGUGAACCUUUUAGGACGAGCCGGGAAAUUGGAAGAGGCAUAUGACAUGAUAAAGGGGAUGCCUUUCGAGUCAGAUGCCUGUGUAUGGGGAGCUUUAUUAAGUUCUUGCAGGGUUCACAACAAUGUGGACUUGGGGGAAAUCGCUGCAGAAAACCUCUUCAAGCUAGAACCUGAAAACCCUGGGAAUUACGUCCUCUUAUCCAAUAUCUACGCUUCUAAAGGAAUGUGGACAAAAGUAGACAUGGUAAGGGACAUGAUGAAGAGCCUGGGACUGAAGAAAAACCCGGGUUGUAGUUGGAUUCAAGUGAAGAACAAACUCCACAUGCUUCUUGCAGGUGAUAAUACACAUCCUGAGAUGAAUCGGAUAACAGAGAAGCUAGUUGAGAUCGGCAUGGAGAUGAGAAAAUCGGGUUAUCACCCGAAUUUGGAUUUCGUGCUUCAAGACGUGGAAGAGCAAGAGAAAGAGCACAUACUCUGCGGUCACAGCGAGAAACUAGCCGUUGUUUUCGGCCUAUUGAACACACCGAAAGGUACUCCUCUUCAGGUGAUAAAGAACCUUAGGAUAUGUGGUGAUUGUCACUCUGUCAUUAAAUUCAUUUCAGGAUAUGCAAGUAGAGAGAUUUUUGUUAGAGAUACCAAUAGGUUUCAUCAUUUUAGAGAUGGGCAUUGUUCCUGUGGAGAUUUUUGGUGAAGUUUUCUCUUUUUUUUUUAGUUUUAUAUCCUCUUGUUCUUGUUUAGGGAAGGAAAACAAUGUUGCCAAUUUUGAUACAAAGAUUUUGUUGUAUAGUAAACAAUUUAGAUUUAA